AUGCAGUCUGGAGUGAAGACGCUGUCCGCAGGUGGAGGUGCGUCACUCUGCUGCCUGCUGCUCCUCUGGCUCAUCUACUCCCAUCUGCUCAGAGAGGGUCAGUUAGCAGUUGGCACCUGUGAGAUCGUCAUGCUCAACAGGGACAAUAGUGUUCCCAGACGGACCAUUGCCAGGCAGACGGCUCGCUGUGCCUGCAGGAGAGGGCAGAUCGCCGGGACAACAAGGGCACGACCAGCAUGCGUAGAUGCCCGUAUUGUCAGGAGCAGACAGUGGUGUGAGAUGACCCCGUGCCUGGAGGGGGAGCUCUGCAGUCUCUUGUUCAACCGCUCGGGAUGGACCUGCACCAAAGGCAGCGGCCGCAUCAAGACCGUCACGGAAGAAGCUGGAGUGCCCAGAGAGAAUCCAUGGCAGCCCAGGGAUUGA